CGAUAGGGUUUAGUUCGAAUUGGAAGCGGAGUGAGCCAGAGAGCGACGGGAGCGGCGACGAUGGCGGUCGAGAACGGCGACGGAGGGAUGGGAAAUGCCACUUCGGAGGCGGCGGACGCGGAAGUGGAGAGGCUGGAAGCAGAGGACGAGGAAAUUGUGGGGGAUUCCCCACCUUCGGGGAUGGAGCAGCGGAGGGCAGGGAGGGAGGACGAGGAGGGCGCCGGCGACGGAGUAGAUGGCGGCGGUGAACGGCGGAAGCAGAUGGCGAUCCACCCGUUGGAACACUCUUGGACUUUCUGGUUCGACAAUCCCUCAGGGAAAUCCAAACAGGUCGCUUGGGGCAGUUCCAUCCGACCCGUCCACACCUUCUCCACUGUCGAAGAUUUCUGGGGUCUCUACAAUAAUAUAAAUCGUCCCAGCAAGUUGGCUAUUGGAGCAGACUUCCAUUGCUUCAAAUAUGGAAUAGAGCCCAAGUGGGAGGACCCUGUAUGUGCCAAUGGAGGAAAAUGGACACUGAGCUGCUCUAGAGGAAAAGUUGAUAAUUUAUGGUUACACACUUUGUUGGCUAUGAUUGGCGAGCAAUUUGACCAUGGUGAUUAUAUUUGUGGGGCAGUUGUGAAUGUACGAGCUAAGCAGGAAAAAAUUUCCAUCUGGACUAGAAAUGGUCUAGAUGCAGCUGCUCAGACAAGCAUUGGGAGGCAAUGGAAGGAGCAUUUGGAUUACAACGAGACCAUUGGCUUUAUUCUUCAUGAUGACGCAAAAAAACAUGAUAGAUUUGCCAAGAGUACAUAUCAAGUAUGAUUAUCAUGACAGGGAACCAUGGCCGACAGUUCCUACAGAUGAUAGAGGGUGCUUCUGGAUCGAAGAAUUCAUUUUGCUGAAAGACAUCACAGAUUUUUACACUGUUCAGCUUCUAUUACUAAUUUCGAGUGAACUAAUAGUGCUUUUGGAACUGCUGAUCAUGUUUUUAAUCGGGUGAUGCAUCGACGACAUUGUGAUGCAUGACAACCGUGAUAUGUUGCAUCAUAUCAUUCCGCUUACAUCCAUUCCAUUUUCAUUUGUGAAGCUUGGCCACCUUUGUGUUUGUUGUAGAAGAAACUUAUCCUUG